AAGAGAGGAAACCUCAUACAUCUUUCUAAAUCCAAAGACCAGUACUGAAGUGCAUUUGCUUCCCAGAUGGACUCUUACACCAAAACAGGGCAGGUUUAUCUGCAACCACACAAAACUGGCAAAGUGAAAAUGGAAGCCAGUGUGGUUGUCUCUGUUUCCCUCCAGCAGCAGUGGAGUGGGUCGACUGGAGAUCCAGGAUGUGGGAGGUUCAGCAAUCUUACAGCACUACCUCUAUCAGGAUUUGUCCUGAUGCAGUCUUUGCAGUUUUAUUUUGGUAGAUUUGGUAACCGAUAGUACUCAACAAAUUUAUUACUGAGAUGUGACAAGACUAUAAAGAUUAUAAAAUUAGAUAAUAAGAUUAUAUAGAUAGAAUAUAUAGAUAGAUAUAGAAGUUCAAUAGGGCAAAAACAAACGCAAAGACUAAGCUGAUCAGACAUGUCUUGAAGCACUCCACUGCCACAUGACAUUUAGUUUAACUACAACUGUUGGAUGUGAUGUCAUCAGGGUUAUUUCAGGUUGAGAAUUAACAUGUUAUAACAGAACACUGUUACAAAUUUGGAGCAUGGAGUUUAAAAGACAUAGGCCAGGGAAGUCAAACGAAAGCUGAAGUGAAUUGUGCUGAAUUUUAGAAAAGAGUGUUAUUUUUUUCACUCAGCCCAUGCAGUUGACUAAAUGUCAAGAGCUCUCAGCCUCAGCUGCAGUGAUUAGUCUCCAUUCCCUUUUAAUGUGCCUUUUUUUUGUCUCUGCCUCCAAACUGUGUGGAAGAGCAGAGCUAAAUUGUUGGAGUGCCCCUUUAAACAAGCCAACAGUGUAGCCAAGGUACUAUGAGCUCCUUGAGAUAUGGUGGUGCAUGACCAUUGAGGGUUUUGUAGGUAAGGAGGAGAAUUUUCAAUUUUAUUCUGGAUUUUACAGGGAGCAAGUGCAGAGAAGUAAUAGAGUAAUAUGAUCUUGUUUCCUGGUUCCUGUCAGUGCUGCAGCAUUUCGAAUCAGCUGGAGUGUCUAUUGAGACUUGUUGGGGCAGCCUGAUAAUAAGGAAUUGCAAUAGUCCAGCCUAGAAGUAACAAAUGCACGUAUUAGUUUUUCUGCAUCAUUUUGAGACAGAAUGUGUCUGAUUUGUCUUACAGCCUCUGCAUGUACAAUAGGACUUUUUUUUUGGUAUAAAACACUUGGAUCAAACCUGAGUUCCUUCAAAGGCUCCAUUUAUCUAGUCAAAAUACUACUCAUGCCAGGGAAGCAUGUUGCCUCAUGCAGUUCCUCCUCCCUGGGAGGGUUUGUGUAGUCUUAGAGAAUAACUUGUCUGCAGGAAAUGGGCUUGUCACAGUGCAAGGUGAGUGCUUUAGGUAGUCAGGAGUUUAGCAAAUAGCUUGAUAAGGUAGGCUAAUUUGUUCCAUGUUUUUGAGAGUAAGUGUGAUCCAAAGUCAAAUUAACAAGCUAUAGCUCUCUGCUGAAGGGUUUGGCCUGUCUCUGUCUGUCAUGUGCCCUCCAGGAGGCGGUAUGGGAGCUGAUCAUGGCACUGGAGUCAGAAAACACCACCAGACUCUUGGGGACAGGAAGCUGAAGGUGGUCCGACUGUCUGAGCUGAUCAGUGUCCUCAGACUCCCUCCAAACGCUGAGGCCUGUCCCAUGGAGAACAUGUCAGCAUUUUGUAUGGAGACACGGGACAGAACAAUGGUGUUUGCUUCACUCAAAGACGACUGUGUGGACUGGGUAGAAAAACUGUGUCAUAGCAUGAUUCAGAGAGGAGGUGGCUCAGGCUCUACUCAGCUUCAUAUGGAGGAGAACCAGAUCUAUGCCUCAGCAGAUCAAGCCUUCGAGUUCUUGGUUGUCGUUCAGAGGACAGAUGCAGCAACACGUUGUGGUCUGCAGGGGUCAUAUUGGCUGCAGGUGGGACAAGAGGCAUUGCUGCUGAGAGAAACACAUAAGAAGAACAUUGUAAGGGAAUGGCCUUAUGAACUGCUGAGACGCUAUGGAAAAGAUAAGCUGGCUUUGACCAUUGAAGCAGGCAGACGCUCUGGCUCUGGUCCUGGUACAUUUACCUUUGAGACAGAGCAGGCUGAGAAAAUAUUCUCCCUGAUUCAGAGUACCAUCAAACGGAAGACUUCAACUGUUCCUUCAUGUAACCAAAAUCAAGAGAGUGAGAAGGUUGUCAUAACCAACAGACACUGUCAUUCCCCUCUCCCCAAAAUACCUGAUAUAACCAAGACAGAGGAGAAGAAAUAUCCUGCUUUAGAAAACAGAACGCAUUUUCAAGAAGGACUGGUUGAAUGUGUAUCAGCACAGCCAGCUCCUCCUAUCACCCUCAUGCCUCUCCCAUUGGUCCCCACACAUGAAAGCCCCUCCGGCGGUCAUCAUAGCAACCAGUCACAUGAUGUAUAUGCCGACCCGGCUGAUUGCAUCCAAUCUUUGCCAAAAGUACAACCAGCCACAGCUCUUUAUGUAGACCCUGCAAGUGUUCUUCCACUCAAACCCCCCAAUUCAAGAGAAGCUGUUUCUCCCCUUCCCAAAUCCUCACCUCCACAUCCCUGCUUUAACAUUGACCACACAGAUUCAGUCUACUCAGAGGUAUACGACAAAGUCAGUCCAGUCCAGAGUAAACCAGCUGUGAUUCAGAGCAAAGGAAAAAAUAAGUGUUUUGCAGAUGAUGAACCCAUUUAUAUGGAGCCCAUGAGUGAGACAGCAGUGUCCUGUAAAAAUGAAAGCAAACCUGAUCCAUUUGCCCAUCUUUAUGCUCAGGUCUGCAAGAUAGCAGCAUCAUCCAAUUCAUCUACAUCUUCUAACAACACCCCGUCCUACUCUGCUCCCUCUCUCUCUGUUACAACUGCAACUAAAGACCAAUCUCUUGAUGAUGUCAUCUAUGAAAACCUGGGCAUCAUUUAGUGAUUUAAUAUCAAAAUAUCAAACCCAAAUCUAUGUAUGGUCUGACAUCGAUUUUAUCUAUGGUCCAAAAUGAUGGCUGUAAAAUGUGGGAGUUUAUUGAGAAACACAGGAUACUGGCACUUUCCCUGAACUUUCUGUUCAGUAUAUGUAUAAAAAAUAUUGUUUCUGAAGAAAUGAGGCUAUGUAUGUAUCUACUGAAAAAUAAACACCUUGUGAAUGAUGUAAAACAUGACUCAAUAAACUAACCUUUUCAGGGGAAGGCCAGUUCUAAGUUGUACAGCAGCAUUUGACUGAUGUUAUGUUGCGUAUUCCUACAAUAAUUUGCCAUGAAAUAUCACAUUGUUUGACCAAAAGCUGAAAUUCAGGUUUUUACACCAAUCAGUCACAAUCAGUUACUGGUUUUAAUGUUGUGGCUUUAUUGUAUUGAUUGUACUGUAUUGAUAUGUAUUGAUUCAUCUAUAUCUACACAGACCAAAAUAGAAAUUGGAAACCAGUUUUAAUUGUUGUGGAUGAUGGGUUUACACACAGUGAUAUAUAAUGGUAUUUUCUGAUAACCUAUUGUUGACAGUAUUUUAAUUAUUAUUAUUGUUAAAUGCAUGUUUAUAAGUUUGCUAACAAUGUACAACACUCAGCCUUUGUUGCAAAAGUGUCACAUGACAUGUUACAUAUGUUAUACAUCUGUUACACCACAGGUAACAUAACGUGUCAGAUUUUUUUUUAGAAUUAUACAUAAUUGUGUGUAAAUAAUGGAGAAAAAAUAUAUAUUGUCACUUUUUGUGUUACUUUAAGUGUUAUUCAGUGUUUUACAUCCAAAGUUUCCCUGUUUUCUUAUAUGUGAACGUACUUGCUUGUAUCACUAAUACAUAUGACACGUCUUUUUGUUUUUUUUUUAUGUAAAUACAACUUCAUCAUAUGCUGAUCAGUCAUUUCGUGUUUUAGUUUCAGCUCACACAUUACUUUUUGUACAUAUUGUAUGCAUACUGUACAUUUUUUUUCUAUUCCCUUGCUGUGUAUUUAUUAAUAUUACUAUUUCAUAGUAGUUUUCACUUUCUUACUUAUUUACUUCCUCUGUCCUAAUUGUGUGUUGUACAAUUGUAACAAAGCUAUGUCCCUGCAGGGAUCAAUAAAGUUUUUUUUUGAU